GAAAACCAGUGGCAGCAGGGCAGGCUUGUACCGCAGUCUUCAGACUUCAGAGCCUGGCAGUGGAGGUUGUGCAAGGAAGGAGGGCAACGCCGCAGUAGAGCAUCGAGUGAUUGCCUGGCGCUCAACGAUGUUGACUGCUCAGGGUUGGACUGAGGAUCGUGGUAUGGUGUUCCGCUUGUGAGCAUCCUCCUUGGGUUGACAGUUUCUCAUCCUCAUGGCGACCACUUUCUCUCCGCCCGCCAAACUGCCCGCCGAAGACAGCCGCCCGCUGCAGUAUGGCGCCCCGGGGCGGCCAGAGCUGGCGCAGUACCCCCCGCCAAAAGACACUGACAUAAAAACCCCUGCCGAGCCGCCCCUACAGUAUGGGGCACCCGACCAGCCGGGCCUGGCGCAGUACCCCCCUCCUAAUUCUAGCUUUUACUCGCAGAUACAACAGCCCCCACCACCGCCUCAGCCUCCUGGUUACCCUCCAGCGCACGCGCCUUAUCCGGGGUAUGAGUACUCGGGGUUUCCCUACCAGGAUCAGUAUCAGUAUCCUGGGGGGUACAAUCAGCAGUCGAUGCAGCCUCCCGCGCAUCCGCAAGGAAGCGUACCCCCUCCAAAACAACCUGCUCCGCUUCCCCCCCCUCCUGCCGCCGCUGCUCCGGGGCCAACGAAGAAAGUCGAGACUGAGGAGGAGAGGAAGAAAAGGAAGGAGCACGAGAGGCGCAAGUACGAGGAGCGGAAGCGCGCCGAGCAGAAGAAGGCCGCGCAGCAAGCGGCUGCGAAGCAGGGCGGGAAGGGGACGAAGCCCGAGCGGAAGCCGGGGGAGGCGGGCAAGGAGCAGAACAGGCUGAAGCGGCCGACCAAUUUUGUGUGUAGGAUAAAGUUUCGGAACGAACUGCCCGAGGUUCUUGGGGAGCCAAAGUUUCUUUUGACAGACCUGGAUCCCGACAGGUAUACAAAGUACACAAUCACGACUCUGGAGAAGAGGUACAAGCACAAGCUGCUGAUGGAGCCGGAUCUGGGGAUCCCUCUAGACCUUAUGGACCUUAGCGUGUAUGAUGCCCCUCCCGCCGACCAGCGCCCGCCGAUGGACCCCGAGGACCGCGCGCUGUUGCAGGACGAUGUGAAGACGAAGCUGGCGAGCACGAGCGUGAUCAAGAAGAAGGACCGCCCCGCGGAGGAAGGCAUGAAGUGGCUCGUGCGCACGUCGUACAUCUCGAACAUCGACCAAGAAACGACAAAGAACCUGGGCUUGAACGAGAAGCAGUUGAAGCAAAAGCGGGACGAGAUGCUGGGGCUGCUGGAAGACAUGGACGGCAAGACGGACCGGGAGAAGCAGCUUGCAAGCAUCGAGGCGACGUUCGUGGCUGCGCAGCUGCCCCCCGUGCACGCGUCGAAGCCGCACUUACGUCCGGAGCUGGUGCUGCAGCUGCUGCCGGACGCGGACCGCUUCGACGACCCGUUCGUGCAGGCGGUCUUCGACGCGGAGCCGACGGCCGAGUCGGAGCGGCACCGGCACUACGGGGCGGACGUCCGGGAGGAGAUGGCGGCCAGGGCGAUGAUGAAGGGGUUCACAAUACCAGGCGACGAGGGGCAGGCGCCCGAGAAGUUUAUUGCCUACAUGGUGCCCUCGUUGGAAGAGGUUGGCGCGGACCCCGAAGACCGUGAGGUUGAGUUUGACUGGGUGCGGGAGUACAACUGGCAGCUCCAGCCGACGGAAUCCGGACGUAGCACCUUCGUUCUUAACUUUGAGGAUGACCAAGUGGCUUACCUGCCCAUAAAGAAUGGCCUCAAGCUGAAGAAGCGUAAGGCGCGGGAGUCUCGACAGGCGCCGGGUUCCGACGGAGAGGACGACGGGGCCUUCCGGCAGCCCAGCAGGGUAACUGUCCAAAAGCGGAGUCAAGAGGAAAUCGAGGAGGACAUUCGGGUUGCGAAGAUUGCCAGGAUAGAAGAGGAGGAGCGGCUGGAGGCCGAAAGGGAGGAGAGGGAGCGGCAGGAAGAAGAGGCGCGGGCCGCCCGGGCCGCGGAGCGUGCUGCUCGAAGGGACAGCGACGAUGAGGACAGCCCUAAGAGGGGGAACGAGAGCGGGGAGGAAGACGAGGCGGGGCAGCGGGACGAAGAUGAGGACUGACGGCGGAUGUGCAAGCGGCUCUAGACGUUGUGACGUGCUCUGCCUUGUGGAUCGAUGAAGGCCGAAGUGUGUUUGGGCGGGUCAAAAUUAUGGGUGAUCGAUGAAGACUGUGCCUUCUUGGAGUAUCUACAUGCAGCUCGGAUCCGUUAGCUUAUCGAGAUUGCGUGCCUUUCGAUCCAUGGGCAUCGUCGCAGGCAAGCAAUUCAUAAACUGUUCUUGCGGGACAAGUUCUGUGGCUGCGCGGCGCAAAUGUAUGGGCAAUCCGAGAGGCACAAGCAUGUGAAGCAUUUGCCAUGCUGCCAUUGAUAGCCAGGCCUAAGCUGACAGCCCAUCAAACUAGGCGGCGAAUUGAUUGUCACCGCAGCACAUGCUAUGGACAGCACAUGACAGGCUCAGUUAUGCCCAUGUAGACUUCUUCAUAUAUCUUUAGGCG